GAGCAGCCCCGUUGACUGAGACUUGACGUGCCAGCCCUGGUGUGCAGCGGUCUCGGCUUGGUGAGGACGGUGAAGACUUCAUAUGAACUCCGGCGCGGAGCCUCGUCGAGGAGGCAGGAGGCUCAGUACCUCAUCCAGCGAGGCCCUCAGACUCGCCGUCGAUCUCCUCGACUCCCCUCUCCGUCGUCUUAUCGCGGCGGAGGUAUAAAUUAGGUGAAUUCAGACAUGUCAGAUACCCUAUUUGUAGUUCUCAGGAAAGUUGCUCUUUCCCUAGGAGAACGAGCACUAGAGAGGAUCGGCACAGAGGUGGUUGAAGCUGCACCAGUUUUGACAGAUUUUGAACAUAGCAUGAAACAAAUAGAGGCCGAGCUUUUGAUUCUGCAGGCUUUUAUUGGUCAGGUUGGGGCGCAGAAAGUUGAUGACAAAGCAUUCGAUGCCUGGCUGGACCAAGUGAGAGGUGUUGCCCAUGAGGUAGAAGACAUUAUGGAUGAGUAUGUUUACCAUGCUGCUCAAGCUGUGGAUACUGGCAGCUUCUUUAAGAGGAAGUUCCGUCAGAUAAAAAACAUAGUAGCAUGGCAGAGGUUCGCUAGCCAGAUCAGUCAAGUAGAAGCUCGAAUUCAGAGGCUAGGUGAAAUCAGGAGUCGGUACGGCAUCUCAGUAGGUGAAAUAGACAGGAGUAACAAGGUAAGACGCCCCAAUCAGCUCUUUAAGUCGGAUUCUUCUUACUUAACAGAUAACUCUGAAAUAGUGGGGAAUGUUGAUGAAAUUGGAAGAUUGACACAAUGGCUACUCGAGGACAGACAAGAUCGAAUUGUCAUUGCGAUCUUUGGUAUGGGAGGUUUAGGAAAAACUACUAUUGCAAGCAGUGCCUACAAGAAUCAGAAGAUCACAAGAACUUUUAACUGUCACGCAUGGGUUACUGUAUCUCAGACUUAUCAUGUUGAAGAACUACUAAGAGAAAUCAUAAAUCAGCUAAUAGAUCAGAGAGCAAGCAUGGCAAGUGGUUUCAUGAGCAUGAGCGGCAUGAAACUAGUUGAGGUAAUACAAAGCUAUUUGCAAGACAAAAAAUAUUUCAUUGUUUUGGAUGAUGUGUGGGAUAAAGAUGCUUGGUUAUUUCUGAACUAUGCAUUUGUCAGAAACAACUGUGGAAGCAAAGUGCUGAUAACUACUAGGAGAAAGGACAUAUCUUCUUUGGCUGUUGAUAACUAUGCCAUUGAGCUUAAAACUCUUCAAUAUGCUGAAUCCUGGGAACUUUUCUGUAAAAAGGCGUUUCGUGCAUCAAGAGAUAACCAAUGUCCGGAAAACCUUAGGUUUUUUGCAGAGAAAAUUGUUGAUAAAUGUCAAGGAUUGCCACUGGCUAUUGUAACCAUUGGAAGUACUCUAUCAUACCAUGAAUUGGAAGAGGAGCGGUGGGCAUUUUUCUACAACAAACUUAGCUGGCAGUUAGCUAACAAUCCAGAGCUGAAUUGGAUUUCUAAUGUUCUGAAUAUGAGCUUGAAUGAUCUCCCAAGUUAUCUGAGGAGCUGCUUCCUGUACUGCAGUCUCUAUCCUGAAGAUUACAAAAUUAGAAGAAACGUGAUUUCCAAGCUUUGGAUUGCAGAAGGUUUUGUGGAAGAUAGAGACGAUGGAACAACAAUGGAGGAUGUUGCCAAUUAUUAUCUUACGGAGCUUACUCAGCGUUGUCUUCUUCAAGUCAUAGAAAGCAAUGCAUGUGGAAGGCCUAGAACAUUUCUUAUGCAUGAUCUUGUGCGAGAGGUAACCUCCAUCAUUGCUAAAAAGGAGAAUUUCGGUAUUGCAUAUGACAAUGCUAGUAUAAAUCAAGUUUCCCGUGAAGCUCGCCGCUUAAGCAUUCAAAGAGGUGCCCAGUCCUUAUUUUCUUUAAAAGGCCACCGACUCCGCUCAUUUAUUUUGUUUGACCCUGAAGUGCCAUCUUCUUGGAUACAUGAUGUCUUAUCACACUUCAGACUGCUGAGGGUCCUGUGCUUAAGGUUUGCCAACAUUGAACAAGUGCCAGGCAUGGUAACAGAACUGUAUAAUUUGCGUUAUCUAGAUUUUUCUCACACAAAAGUGAAGAAGAUACCAGCAUCAAUCAGAAAACUUAGGAACCUACAAGUUUUAAAUCUCAGAUUCAGCUAUGUGGAGGAGUUACCAUUGGAAAUAACUAUGCUAACUAAUUUACGACAUUUAUAUGUGUCUGUAGUCUAUGAUCUGCAAGAAAGAUCAUUGGAUUGCUUUAGUGGUACAAAAAUUCCUGGUAAUAUUUGCUGUCUAAAGAAUCUGCAAGCUUUACAUAUUGUCUCAGCCAGCAAAGAUUUAGUUUCACAAUUGGGAAACUUGACUCUGUUGAGAAGUUUGGCUAUAAUGAAAGUACGACAAAGCUACAUUUCAGAGUUGUGGAGCGCUCUGACAAAGAUGCCUAACUUGAGCAGGUUGCUUAUUUCCACAUUUGAUAUGGAUGAGAUUCUUGAUUUGAAAAUGCUCAAGCCCCUACCCAAUCUGAAGUUCCUCUGGCUCGCUGGAAAGUUGGAUGCAGGUGUUCUUCCAUCAAUGUUUUCUAAGUUUGAGAAAUUAGCGUGUUUAAAGAUGGACUGGUCUGGUCUGAAGAAGGAUCCUAUUAUCUCCUUCUCUCACAUGUUAAACCUAGUUGAUUUGCGGCUCUAUGGGACAUAUCAUGGGGAACAGCUAACUUUUUGUGCAGGUUGGUUCCCUAAGCUCAAUUCUCUGCAAUUAGUUGACAUGGAACAUCUGAAAUGGAUUGAGAUCGAGGACGGGACAAUGAUAAGUCUGUAUCAUCUGGAACUUGUUGGUUUAGGGAAUCUAAAGGCAGUACCUACAGGCAUCAAGUACCUUAGGACACUCCACCAAAUGUUUCUGACAGAUAUGUCAAAGGGAUUCAUACAAAGACUGGAAGAAAGUGAAUCAGUUGACAAUUUCAUUGUCCAACAUAUACCUAACAUCCAUAUUUUUGACUCCUCUGAUUCUCAAGCAGUAAAUAACUUUCAUCUUGUGCCGUUCCUUGCCAAGAAGUACGGUCCUGGUGCAGCUAAGUAUGCCCCUACAUACUGGGGCUCAUCUGGCACAUAACAGUUCAGUGGCGGCUUGCAGUAGGAAACAUGUAAUUUCUUUGUGCAACAACUAUUUCAAGAGUGAAAUAUGCAGUUCAUCAUCACUGUGUGUAUUGUGUGCGUCAUAUACGGUUUCAGUCCUGUGAAAUGAUUUUCUCGUGUCAAGAAUGACAGGUUUAAAUCGAUGCUUAAAUAUGCAGCGAAA